AUGCCUCAGGAACACCAUCUCGAUACCCUCGUUGUGGGUACUGGCUUCUCGGGCAUUUAUGCCCUCUACCACCUUCUCAAAGAUGGGCUGAAUGUCGAGGCUAUCGAAAAGGAAAGCGAGGUGGGCGGGGCCUGGUGGGUGAAUCAAUAUCCAGGUGCCCUCAGCGACACUUGGAGUCAUGUGUAUCGGUACUCCUUCGACAAGGACUUGCUGCAGACUUACCCAGCUGCGAGAACAUACUCGUCCCAACCGGAGAUUCUGGCCUACCUCAAGCAUGUUGUGGAGAAACAUGAUCUCCGCCGAUACAUGCAUUUCAACACGAAGAUGGUCGCCGCCAAGUGGGACGAUGAAGCUAAGAAGUGGACCGUUCAAUGUCAGACCGGCGACGUCUAUCGGGUGAAAUACCUAAUCACAGCUCUGGGCCCCCUCGUCAAACCCAGCUUGCCCGAUAUCCGCGGACUUGAUACCUUUAAGGGUCAGAUAGUGCAUACAUCUACCUGGGACCCGAGUAUCCGAGUGGAAGGCAAACGCGUGGGUGUAAUAGGCGUUGGUUCAAGCGGAGUGCAGACGGUGACGGCCAUUGCAAGCAAGGUCAAAUCGCUCCAUGUAUUCAUCCGCACUCCGCAGUACAGUGUCCCCGCGAACAACAGGCCGAUGACCCCCGAGGAGCGCCAGUCGAUCAAUGAGAGGUACUCGCAGAUUUGGUCAGGUGUGAUGUCGUCCGCUUUUGGGAUGGAUUUCCACGAGCCCACAAGAACACUCAUGUCUGUGUCGCCGCAAGAGCGCGAAGAGAUCCUAGAGAAGAUCUGGCAGGCUGGUAACGGCAUCCAACUGAUGUUUGGGGCCUUCUCAGAUGUUGUCUCCGAUGAAGCCGCGAAUGAGGAAGUGUGCCGUUUCAUCCGCAAGAAGAUUGCUGGGAUUGUGAAAGAUCCCCAGAAGCGGGCCGUGUUGACUCCCCGGGAGCCCUGGAAUCGACGGCCACUGUCGGAUGCUGGGUACUAUGAGCAGUUCAACCGGGAGAAUGUCUAUGCAAUCGAUAUCAAGAAGUAUCCCAUCACGGAGGCCACCCCCGAUGGCUUGCGCACCGCGGACGGAAGGCUCCACGAGCUAGAUAUCAUCAUUAAUGCCACCGGCUUCGACGCGUUGGACGGAGCCUACGCGGGGAUUGACAUUCGGGGGCGCAACAAGGGCGAAGGUUUGCGCGACCGUUGGAAGCGUGCCGGCCCUGAUUGCUAUUUUGGAUGCGCCGUUGCGGGAUAUCCAAACCUGUUGAUGAUGGUUGGUCCCCGGACUGUCUUUGGCAACAUCCCUCCGGUCGUGGAGAUCCAAGGUACCUUCUUGAGAAAGCUGAUCCGACGGGCGGAGGAGAUCUCCGCGCAGACCGGGCGGCAAUGUGAGAUCGAAGCCACCGAGCAUGCGGUGCAGGAUUGGACGGAGAUCUGUAAUCAGACGGCACAAAAGAUUGCGAUUGGCAAAGGCAACUCUUGGAUGAUGGGGCGGAACGUGCCAGGCAAAGUAGUCACGAGUCUAAUGUUCCUUGGGGGGCUGAAUGCGUUCAGAGGCAAGAUAGAAGAUGCCCAAGCAAAAGGGUUUGUCGGGUUCCAAAGUCCAUUGGGGCCAGCCGAAGGAACUGCACGGCUGUAG